AUGCAUAUGAGUUUUGAAAGAUAUGCUGAAACAAAUGUUUUGGCAAUAUUAAUAGGAUAAAAUAAUCGUAAUUAAAAAGAAAGAAAGCAGAUUUUAAAACAUAAAGAAAAGUUCUUAGUGAUAAAGCAGCUUAAUUUCCAAAAAAUCAUACAAUGGCUUUUAUGGAAGUUAGUGCAUUUGAUGGAACAAAUGUAGAUUUAAUAUUUUCUAGACUUAUUAAUGGUAUUCUAUUUAUAAAUUUAGAGAAAUUUAUUAAUUAAUUAGCAAACAGUCAAAUAAGACUAAUCUUUACAGUAGUAAAUGCAGAGUCGCAAUAAUAUGUAAAUCCAAUAAUCUUAAUGA